AGGAAACUGCAGCGAGCUAUCAUUCCCCAGUCCUCCCUGGCCUCCUUCCCCCCCGGCGGCCAUCAACGAGUAUACGUUCAUUUGGUCACCCUUUUCCCUGGGCCCUUCGGCUGGUAUUCCAUCCAUCUUCCGGUUUCCAUUUACUAGAAACAUGGGACGUCAAAGCUAAACACUCCUGGGAGAUAUAUGAUACCAUGGCGAGCAAGUUACAACAUAUGAGUGUGAUACCAAGGGAAUUUACCCUCCAAUAUCUGGAACAGAUUACAGAUAACUUCUCCGAGGACCACAUAAUUGGUCGUGGUGAGCAUGGAGUAGUUUACAAGGGAGUGCUGGAUAAUGGGGAAGAGAUUGCUCUGAAGAAGUUAUAUCAUAUGCCAGAGCUUGAUGACACACAAUUCAGGAAUGAGUUAAAUAACCUUGUGAGAGCCCGGCAUCAAAAUAUUAUCCGGUUGAUUGGUUACUGUUGUAAUAUUGGGCAUAAACGUGUUAAACACGAUGAUGAAUAUACCUCUGCAGUAGUGGAAGAGAGAUUUCUCUGCUUCGAAUACUUGCAGGGCGGAAGCUUGGACAAGUAUAUUUCUGAUGAAUCAUGUGCACUUGAUUGGCUCACAUGUUUCAAAAUCAUUAAGGGGGUAUGUGAAGGUUUGAAUUACCUUCAUAAUGGAACCAAUGAUCAUAUAUUCCAUCUGGAUCUAAAACCUAGCAAUAUAUUGCUAGACAAGAAUAUGAUGCCCAAAAUAGGAGAUUUUGGUUACUCGCGACUCUUCCCUUCAGCACAGACAUAUGUCACAACUGAAGCUACAGAACAGACACGGGGAUACAAGCCACCAGAAUACAUCAAUAAAGGAGAAACUACAUCAAAAUUUGACAUAUUCAGUUUGGGCGUUAUAAUAAUAGAAAUAAUAGCAAGGUUUAUUGGCUAUUCUCGCCGCUCAGACAUGCCUUUUCAAGAUCUUUUUGAUUUCGUACAUCUAAACUGGAAGAACAAGUUGGUGGCAAUGACGUCGUGUGAUACAUCACGACAAGUUAGGGUAUGCUUAGAAAUGGCGUUAAGAUGUUCGGAGGACGACCAAAUGAAAAGACCUCCUAUAGCCGAGAUUGUCAAGGAGCUGAAUAAAUUAAACACUGCCGAAAGUUCUUUUACAGGCGAGGCGGAGAUGGAGGACCGGGGCUCUGAAUGGCUUCAUGCAGCGAUGGAGCUUCCUGUUUCCGCUUCGCUCGGCCCUAUAGGAUCCCUGUUCCGGAAACUCCAUUCAUUUAAGGCUACCAAGGAAAUUCUGCCAGAGGGGGUUAAUGAAGGUGAGAUCCACAGUCUCAAAAAAGAGCUCAAGGAAUUAUGCAUCUCGCUCAUGGGUCUGUCAGAGGCCAAUGACACCAGCUUAACGGCCAAGUACUGGAUGAAGGAGGUGCGUGAAGUCUGUUAUGAUACAGAGAAUUACUUUGACAAGCUUAUAAUGCAGCCCAGUAAUGGCAGUAAUGUGCGUUGGAUUCACAAACUGCUGAAAAGACGGCCCCAGAUUGCAAUUGAUUUCUCAACAUUAGUGGCUCGUGUGGCCGAUGCCCGUGAAAGACGUGGACGACUCGUCAAAUGGAACACAAAUAAUGAAAACAUCGAACAAGAAAGUGGACAAGCUUGUACCACUCCAGCCGUUGCUAGUUCCUCCACAUUGUCUCUCCAAACGCCGGUACUGGUUGCCUGUGUCAGGAGGCCCGAGCUGACCCUCAAACUGUCGGUGCCAGCUGCUGCACACAUGGACAAUCUCGUCAACCUCCUGGCAUUCGACGACCAAAAACAGAAACGACUCAAGGUAGUAUCUAUUUUUGGGUUUGCGGGUGUUGGAAAGACAACAGUUACCAGGACCUUAUAUCGUAAGUUUGGAGGAAAAUUUGACUGUCGGGCUUUUCUACGGAUGUCUCGGCAGCCGGAUAUAAGGAGGCUUCUCACCAGCAUGCUCUCCCAAAUCAAGGCACCUCCGGCCCACGCCUAUGCUGAUGUGCAAGUGCUCGUUGCCAAUAUCAGGACACAUCUAGAACACAAAAGGUACUUCCUAAUAAUUGAUGAGUUAUGGACUCCAUCUGUAUGGAACACUAUUAGGCGUGCUUUUCCUGAUGGCAACUGUUGCAGCAGAGUCAUAACCACCACACAAAAUGAGGAUGCGGCUUUGGCCUGCUGUAGCUAUCAGUCAAAGUACAUAUUUGAAAUGACAUCAGUUAGUGGUUAUCAAUCAGCAGAAUUAUCAUCCACUGGAGUCUCUGACUCGGGGUGUGCUUCUCGUCAAGAUUUUGAAGAACUUUCUUAUGGGGUUAUCAUGACAUCCGGUGGCUUACCGUUAGCAAGUGUUAACACCGGCAGUAUAACUGAACCAAACCUCGUAAAGGAGCAAUGGGAGCAGAUACAAGAUUCUCUGUCCUCUACUUUGAGUGCAAACCCUACUUGUGAAGUGAUCGAAGAAGUCCUAAACCUUAUUUACAAUAGUCUUCCACGUCACUUGAAGACAUGCUUGCUCUAUCUUAAUAUGUAUCCAGAGGGAUACAUGAUCUGGAAGUAUGUUCUUGUAGGCCAGUGGAUUGCAGAAGGUUUCAUUGGGGUCACUCGAAGAAAAAAAGGUUUUGUGGGUGCAGUAAAACAGCAAGACAAAGAGGAAGAUGAAGUAGAAGAACAAGUUAGUGUUGCUCAGGGUUAUUUCGUUGAGCUUGCUCGUAGAGGAAUGAUCCAAGCUGUAGACACCAAUGAUGAAGGUGAAGUAUUAUCAUGUACAGUCCACCACAUGGUAUUGGAUCUUAUUAGGCGCAAAUCCAUGGAGGAUAACUUCGUCACUACUGUGGACAAAUUUCCAUCAGCUCUAGUCCUUCCUGACAUGGUUCGUCGACUGUCCAUCCAGUUUGGAGAUGCAAAAGCUGCAAAGAUACCAGAAAACAUGUUUUUGUCCCAAGUUCUAUCACUUUUAUACUUUGGAUCUUUUGAAUGUGCACCUUCCACUGGGGAUUAUGUGUUUCUUCAAGUUCUGAAUCUUCAUAUCUGGGCAGAUCAAGAAAAGACUUUUGACCUUACUACAAUAUCAAAACUAUGCUGGUUAAAACAUUUUAAGGUCGAAUGUAAUACCACCGUCAACCUUCCAGCCAAGGUUCAGAUGCUUCAAAACUUAGGAACACUGGAAGUGGAUGCUCCGCUAUCUGUUGUUCCAUCGGAUAUUUUUGCUUUGAAGAGUCUGUUGCACCUAUGCCUUCCAAGCCAGGUUACUCUGCCUGAUGGGAUUGUACACAUGACAUCACUUCGCCGCCUAGGGGAUUUUAGCCUCAGCACUAACUCAACCGACAAUGUGCUGGGACUAGGCAAGCUUAUUAAUCUAUGGGAUCUUCGGCUGACAUGUUCCACAGUAAAACCAGGGGGUCUGAUUGGGAACAUGAAGCAUUUUGGCUCAAUUCUAGGGGAUUUCGAGCAACUCAAGUCUCUAAUUAUUGACUCUGAAACUCCGAAUGUGGGUAUUUCUUGUGACUGCCUAAGCAGUGUUUCCUGUGGUCCGGUCCUUCUUGAAAGAGUUGAGUUCCCACGGAAUUUCAUCUUUCCAAGCCUUCCCAAGUGGUUCGGAGAUUUGGAGAAACUCUGCAUUUUGAAGGUAACUGUUAGGGAGACAUCGACGGAAGAUAUUAAUAUCCUUAAAGGGUUGAAUGCCCUCACUUCUCUCUCAAUCUAUGUAUCCAUCACACCAAAAGCAAGGAUCGUCUUUGACAAGGAGGGGUUCACAGUUCUCAAGUAUUUCAAGUUCACGUCUGCUGCACUAUGUCUGACCUUUGAUUUAGGAGCAAUGCCAAAGAUCAAAAGGCUUAAGCUAAGGUUCGAUGCUAAUAAAUUUGAGCAAAGUGACAUUCGACAAGCCAGCAUCGACAACUUGUUAGGCCUUAAAGAGGUUUCUGCAAAAAUUGGAAUCCUCGGUACUAUUGAAUCGGGAACCAAAGUUGCCUUAUUGAUGGCCAUCUUCGGAACACAUCCAAGUAGACCAAUCAUCAAUGUGCAAUCGGUGGAUAGGACAUUUGGUGGAAAGAGCAAUGUGCGUCUAAGCACCAUGUUAUUUGAUACCCGGUCUAUUGUGGCACCAGACAUCUCUUCUCCUAUGCAAAUUUUAGGGGAAGUCACAGAAAAUGAGGCAAAAAUAGAGUCUACACUAGAGGCUACAUUUAGCAAGCUAGAAGGAGAACACAUUAUUACUUUAGAGAUCUCAGAGGAAGUCUCUGAUGAACAUCAUGGAAUUCAAGUAAAGGAUUCCCAGGAAGAUGAUAACACAGAAUAUGAUAGCAGGAAUUAUCUACCACCGAGUUCCAUUUCGCAUCUUCAGGAUCCAGUAACUGAAACUGAUCUGGGGGGCGUUGGAGAUAAAGGGACACAUACUGAGUCUACAGUAGAGGUUACACUUAGCAAGUUUCCAGAAGAACGCCAUAUAAAAUUUGAGAUCUCAGAGGAAGGCUUUGACGACCAAUUUGGAAUUCAAGGAAGGAACACAUGGGAAGAUGAUAACAUGGAAGCUACCAGGACUUCUGUGCCACUAGUUUCCAUUUCAUAUCCACAAGAUUCAUGGGCAGAAUUUGAGAACAUUAUCACUGAGAAGGAAAACGAAGCCAAGAAAGUUGACAGCAAGCUAGUAAUAACAAUGGAAGAUGGUAUGCAAGCUAGCAGGGUGAUGCAUAUCUCAUCCACACACCAGCCGCCACUGACAAAUCAAAUGGCGACAUCCAACAUAGAUUCAGACGGGAAGUUAUACGAGCUGAAAGAUCAACUUGUGCUGCUGGCCACUUUGGUGGCGAUGGUGACCUACCUCUCCGGGCUCAACCAGCCGGGGGGAGACUGGAAGCCGCAGGAGGAGGGUGGGCACGUCACGGGCGACCCGAUCCUCCGGGACACUCACAACCAUCGGUACCUCAUCUUCAACUACUGCAAUGCCACGGCGUUCGUAUCGUCGGUCGUUGUCUGCCUUAUUCUGGUCAUGCUGCGGAGGAACAGCAAGGUCUGGACGGUGGUGCUAUGGGUUGUCAUGUUGCUCGACCUAGUCGCUCUCAUGUGUUCCUACGGCGGCGGGGCCAGCCGCUACGCCUUGACCACUAUCUUUGUCAUGGCACUCGCUUCUCCCAUCUUGGCCUACAUUGUGUAUACUUUUAUAGGCUACCUCAGUCUGACCAGCCACCCGGACAACAUCAUGAACCCAAGAAAUACAAACACGGGUUACCAAGAGAAGGAGAAGAUCGAAGUGCUGAUGCUGCUGGCGACCUUCGCCUUCACGAUCUCGUAUGCCGCCGGGCUGAACCCUCCUGGUGGUUUCUGGAGGAGCACCCAGAAGCAGGAGGACGGCCGCCUUCUUCACCUCGCCGGAGACCCCAUCAUACAUGACAGGGGGCUCCGGAGGUACCAGGCCUUCUUCAUGUGCAACACCACGGCGCUCGUCGCCUCCUUGCUCAUCAUCCUGCUACUCCUCGACAAGAAGCUGAACAGGACCAUCUCGGCGCGGUUCCUGGCGGUCUACGGCUUAAUCGCCGUCGCACUCAUGGGCCUUAUGGGGGCGUAUGCUGCUGGGACCUCCAGGGACACCCUCGAUACCGCCAAGGUCAUUUCCCUAUCCGCUGCGGUUCCUGCGUGCGUAUUCCUGCAGCUGGCUCUUAAUAACGUCUUCCGUUGGGAAGUAAUCAAGAACAUGCGUGAUACUUUCUGCCUAUGGUCGAGGAAAUCAAGUUCCGCAGGUGACGAGGCACUUGCGGACCCAGCCUUGAAAAAUACUUGCUUUUUCGCUAUGGUACUUGCUAGCUUCGCGGUAUGCAUCACUUACCAAGCAGCACUGGAUCCACCGGGCGGACUUUGGCAAGACAACCUGGAUGGGCAUAAGAUCGGCCAGCCGGUGCUACAGACGACAAAUCCUGCACGUUACUGGCUGUUCUUCUACAGCAACUCAGCAGUUUUCGUGACAUCUCUGUUAGUGGUCAUGAUGGUACAGAGCAAGUUCCUGCUCACGCUCCGCACUUUGGUGGCAUCCAUGGUACUGGACCUGAUCGGCCUCGUCAUCGCCUACGCCGCCGGGAGUGCCAGAGAUGCAAGCACGUCCAUCUAUUUCGUCGCCAUGAUUGGACUCGUCUUGGUCUACGCCGUUGUCCAUAUCGUAUUCUUUAUCGGAGGAGUGAACGAGAAUGUCGUUGCUGAAGCUGAACAAGAGAAGCUGGAGGACAAGCGUCAGGUGCUGCUGCUAAUCGUCAUCUUGGUGGCGGCGCUCACCUAUCAAGCUGGGCUGACCCCGCCGGGCGGCUUCUGGCCAGCGAAUGACGAGAAGCUUGGUCAUCGCGCGGGAUACCCGGUCCUUGUCGAUACCUAUCCGCACCGCUACACGGCCUUUUUGUACUGCAACGCGGCGAGCUUCAUGGUGUCGGUGGCUCUCAUCCUCCUCCUCGUGAACCACAAGCUGUACUGGCCGGCGCUUCGAUGCAAGGCGCUACACGUGUGUAUGGCGGUUGGCAUGCUCGCGCUCAUGGGUGCCUAUGCUUCCGGGAGCUCCCGCGACCUCAAGAACUCCAUCUACAUGCUGAUGUUGGUGGUCGCGGUGUCGGUCUCCCUACCCCUACGGAUAGCCAUCUUCUGGUACAUCCGGCCCCACAGGUACAGUAUCCGCCUCCAGGACGGACCUAGAACAAGACGGCAAAGAGUGCGUGGCCUAGGUGGCAUCGACAAGGAGAAAGACGAGGAGAUUGAGUACCUAAUGUUGCUAGGGAUCCUGGCUGCGAGCGUGACGUACCAGAGCGGCCUGAGACCUCCGGGUGGCAUGUGGCAGGAGGACAGCGGCGCCUACUUCGCGGGCAACCCGAUCCUACACGACGUCGACAAGCGCCGGUACGACAUCUUCUUGUACAGCAACUCUGCUUCGUUCAUGGCGUCCGUCCUCGCCAUCGUCAUGCUGCUCCCGUUGACGCUUACCAACCUAGAGUGGCUACGGCGCUGCUUACCAUUCCACGCGGCAGACCUCAAGUGGCCAAUUUGGCCGGUCUACACGGCCAUUCUGCUGAACAUGCUCGGCCUGCUCGUGGCCUACACGGCAGGAAGUACCAGGGAUUGGGAGUCAACCAGGAAUGUCAUAUGCAUCAUUGUCCCCAUACUACUCUACAUUGCGGCUUACGCCGCGGUACCGAUCUGGAUGGACACCCGUAGGAAACAUCCUAGAUCUCCCCAGUCGUUAAGCAUGGAAUCAGGCCGACAAAUGCUGCCCCUGUUUAGUAGCUAGCCAAUGAUGAAUCUCCCUCUACAAUAUAGCGGCUAUUGUGUAUUUUUUGUCGAAAAAAGACUGUAAAUCACCAAGUGGAUCCAACUUUUACGUUGUUGUGUUCGUGUAUCUGUCAA